AUGCCAUACUAUGGCCAAGGGAACAGAACGCCGAUGGAAAAAGUAAGUAUCCGAUUUCGAACUUGGGAGAAAAUUUUGAAUAUUUAGGCUCGCGGCUUGUUGAUCGCUGAAAUCGACAGAAAAAAUGAGAUUAUCAAAUAUUUGGAGAUGGAUAUGUUCGACAAAAAGAGGAUGUUCAUUGGAAACAUCGAAACCGAAGAAAAUAUCCGAAUUAAAACACUUCGAGGAAGAGAGGGAACGAAAUCUUCGCAAUUGCAAAAUGGAGCUUGA